AUGAGCAGCUCGACGCACGUUGUUCGUCCAACUCCAUCUUGGUCUUCCUGUUUUGCCUUUGCAUGCGGCAACGCUGUCCAUCCAGCGAGCCAUUCCGUGUUUUGUGCGGAUUCUUCCUCGCCUCCUCACUCUUCAGCCUUGCUCGAGAAGACCAUGGAUCCCUCGGAAUCCCGGCCAUCGCCGCGCCGGCAGGUCCAAGGCCCCAGGCCCACCCCACUCAAGGUCUUCAAAGACUCCUACAAGAUCAAGAAGCCCCCGGUGGCACCGCCGCCACGCGUUCCCCUCGUCAUCUACGCCGUCUCCCCCAAGAUCAUCCACGCCCUGCCCGGCGAGUUCAUGACUCUGGUCCAGCGGCUCACGGGCCCGAGUUCCUCCGCCGACCCUUCGCCCACCGGCGAGCUCUCCCCCGCCUCCCGCAUCGCCGCGUUCGAGCGGGCGACGCCGACGCACGCGGGGGACCGAGCGGGAACCGACGGCGUGGACCAGCUGGGGAUCGAGCGGUGGCCGACGCUGGACCGGCCCGCCUCGUUCCCGGGGAUCCUGUCGCCGUUGCCGUGGGCGCUGCCGCCGAUAUCUCCGAAGCUGUUCUCGCCAUCGUUCGACCCCAGCGUGUUCAGCAUCUUGCAGGAAUUGAGCCCAGUUUUCGGCAGCAGCAGCAGCAGUGGAGGAAAAGCCUUCCUAACAAGUCCUAGUAAUAGUUUCUUGUCGACUCCAAUUGUUCCUUCUCCGGGAGCUUGCUGGGAUCUGCUAAGUCAAUUCCCAGAUUUGUAGAGAAGACGAAGAAAAUAUAACGAAAGAAUGGAGAAACGUUCAAUCACCGUAUAA